UGCAUCAAUGAAGCCUUUGGUAUGACUUGCUUUUUCAAUUGUUUUCUUCAAGUUUUUCGACAAGGGUUGUCUUUCCGUGGAAGAAGAAAACUGCGUUACGUUGUAGCGUUGUUGGCAGUAUUCUUAGUCCUCAAGUACAGUUUCUUGCUGCUAUUAGGAAAAGCAUCGGUACAAAAGGUUGAGACAACCGGAGCCAACUCACACAAUGUUAUUGCCAACGCUUCUUAUGUUUCGUACAACUCGAAGAAAGUAGUUGUUGUUGCUUAUUGCAAAGAAGACUGGGCUUAUAAAGGUCUAUUUGAACUUUUCAAUGUUUCUCACAAGUGGUGGUAUUUUGUAUUAAAAGAGGAGCCAGAGAGAGCAGACGUGAUUGCUCACUCUCCAUGGGGUACUUGUUCUGGAAAAUAUCCAAACGCGACGAAAAUAUUUAUUGAUAUGGAACCCAACGCACAUAGAGGCAGUGAACACUCCAUAACAGUCAGUACUGUGAAACCUGCUGAGUCUUCUUCUAAUGUUCUCUAUAUACCUUAUGCCUUGUGGUCCUUUGCUGAACGAAAAGCAGCGGUUACUACAGACCUAUUGAGAAAUUUGUCCUAUUCGGAAGCGGAGAAGAAGUGGAAAGCAAAAAGCUGGUUUGCCGCUUUUGCUGCAAGGUACUGUUCAAGAGACAACAAACUAGGCGAAACAAGGACACAAUUUUUUGAUAUUCUUUCAACCAAGUAUAAACCUGUACAUGCGUUGGGUAAUUGUCGUCAUAAUAUGGACCCACCCAGUAGAGUCGAUCCACCGUAUGAUAACAAUAGGGAUAUGGUUAUUCAGUGGUAUCGUCCAUAUAAAUUCUCCUUUUGCUUUGAAAAUUCGCAGUUAACUGGAUACAUUACGGAAAAACUUUUCAAUAGUUUUCUAGCUGAUACUAUUCCAAUCUAUUGGGGUGCUCCUAAUAUUGACGAACUUGUGAAUACGAAUGCUAUCAUCGUUUGUAACGAAGAAAACAAUACAUUCGAGUCUUGCAUCAAACAAAUAAUUGCCUUGGAUUCAAACUCAACCUUAUGGAUACAAAAGUUACAAACUCCAUUGUUUAAGGGUGGCGCACUUCCUUCUUGGCUAUUAUGGAGAACUUAUUCAGAACAGUUAUUAUCAAUGCUUGCAAAGUUUCUUGACGAAAAAUGAAGUAAUAUUCUCCAGAAAUGGAUCAUUUGAAGCCAAUUGGUGUUAUCGAAACAUUUGAUAAGUUUGAAUUUUCAUUCUUUGUUUUUGCAUCACUUGGAAUUGUAUGAUGCAAGUUGAAAUUGUGUAACCUUUCGUUAUAGAAGUAGCUUGUAAUGUUGUAAAACAAGUCUAUUGUAAAUUUCUGAAACACCAUAUAUUAGUAUCACAAUAUUUUU